AUGUCGCUGCUGAACCUGUCUUGGUUGAGACUCUGGCCCAGCACAGCUUCUCUGUGGCUGCUUCUGCUGCUGACUGGGGUCUUCUGGCUCCUGGUCCAGGUCCUGGCCUGGAUCUAUGUUUUCUACAACAAGUGCUCCCGCCUCCAAUGUUUCCCACAGCCCCCAGUGCGGAACUGGUUCUUGGGUCACCUGGGCCUGAUCCGGAGCUCAGAAGAGGGUCUCCAGUAUACGCAGAACCUGGCCAGCACCUUUGGCGAUGCCUGCCUCUGGUGGGUAGGGCCUUGGCAUGCGAUCAUCCGUAUCUUCCACCCUACCUUCAUCAAGCCUAUUCUUUUGGCCCCAGCUGCCAUUGCACCCAAGGAUGUGGUCUUCUAUAGUUUCCUGAAGCCUUGGCUGGGAGAUGGGCUUCUGCUGAGUGAAGGUGACAAAUGGAACCGCCACCGCCGCAUGCUGACACCAGCCUUCCACUUCAACAUCCUGAAGGCCUACAUGAAGAUUUUCAAUGAGAGUGCCAACAUCCUGCAUGCCAAGUGGCAGAACUUAGCAUCUGAAGGCAGUGCCCGUCUGGACAUGUUUGAGCACAUCAGCCUGAUGACCCUGGACAGUCUGCAGAAAUGUGUCUUCAGCUUCGACAGUCACUGCCAGGAAAAACCCAGUGAAUAUAUUGCUACCAUCUUGGAGCUCAGCACACUUGUAGCAAAGCGGCACCAGCAGAUCCUCAUGCACUGGGAUUUCUUGUAUCAUCUCACUCCUGAUGGGAAGCGCUUCAGGAAGGCCUGCCGCCUGGUGCAUGACUUCACAGAUGCUGUCAUCCAGGAGCGGCGCCGCACUCUCUCAGAACAGGGCGUUGAUGACUUCCUCAAGGCCAAAGCCAAGACCAAGACUUUGGACUUCAUUGACGUGCUCCUGCUGAGCAAGGAUGAAGAUGGGAAGGCAUUGUCAGAUGAAGACAUUCGAGCGGAGGCUGAUACCAUCAUGUUUGGGGGUCACGAUACCACAGCCAGUGGCCUCUCCUGGGUCCUGUACAACCUUGCCAAGCACCCAGAAUAUCAGGUACGUUGCCGAAAAGAGGUGCAAGAGCUCCUGAGGGAUCGACAGCCAGAGGAAAUUGAAUGGGAUGACCUGGCCCAGAUGCCCUUCCUGACCAUGUGCAUCAAGGAGAGUCUGCGGUUGUAUCCUCCCGUCACAAUUGCUUCUCGUUGCUGUACCCAGGAUAUUGUGCUUCCAGAUGGUCGAGUCAUCCCCAAAGGUGUCAUUUGCCUCAUCAGCAUCUUUGGGACUCACCACAACCCUUCUGUGUGGCCGAACCCUGAGGUCUAUGACCCUUUCCGCUUCGACUUAGAAAACUCCCAGAAAAGGUCGCCUCUGGCUUUUAUUCCCUUCUCUGCUGGGCCCAGGAACUGUAUUGGACAGACGUUUGCCUUGACUGAGAUAAAGGUGGUCCUGGCCCUCACACUGCUGCGUUUUCGUGUCCUGCCAGAUGAUGUGGAGCCCAAGAGGAAGCCAGAGCUGAUUCUGCGUGCGGAGGGUGGGCUGUGGCUGCGGCUGGAGCCGCUGGGAGGUGGACCACAGUGA